AAACUAAAAUUUGCUCGAGUUUGGUGUUGUAAAACGAGAUUUUGCUCCUUUUUAGUGGAAAUUCGAGGACUUGACUUGGAAAAAUGUCGUCAGAUAAUGCGUCAAGUGGCGCCCAGCCGCAUCUCAAAAAGCAGGAUCUUGCUACUUUGGACAUCAACACACUCACGCCACUUUCGCCAGAAGUCAUUUCGCGACAAGCUACCAUCAAUAUUGGCACGAUCGGGCAUGUAGCUCACGGAAAAUCGACUGUCGUCAAAGCUAUCUCCGGCGUACAAACGGUCCGGUUUAAGAAUGAACUUGAGCGGAAUAUUACAAUUAAAUUAGGUUAUGCAAAUGCCAAAAUCUACAAGUGCGAUAACCCGAAAUGCAGUCGCCCCGCCAGUUAUACCUCCGGCGGAUCCAGCAAAGACGAUAGUUUCCCCUGUUAUCGUCCCUCGUGCACGGGUCGCUUCCAACUUGUGCGUCACGUCAGCUUCGUCGAUUGCCCCGGUCACGAUAUUCUUAUGGCAACGAUGUUGAACGGUGCUGCCGUCAUGGAUGCCGCUCUCCUACUGAUCGCCGGCAACGAAUCCUGCCCUCAACCGCAAACUUCCGAGCACUUGGCUGCCAUCGAGAUCAUGAAGCUCAAGCAUAUUCUCAUCUUGCAGAACAAAAUCGAUCUCGUGAAGGAGAUCCAGGCGAAGGAACAACACGAACAAAUUGUCAAAUUCGUGCAAGGCACCGUUGCAGAGGGCGCUCCCAUCAUCCCCAUUUCCGCACAACUGAAAUACAACAUCGAGGUCCUGUGCGAAUAUAUCACGAAGAAGAUUCCCAUUCCCACGAGAAACUUCACUGCGGCGCCGCGUCUCAUCGUUAUCCGUUCGUUCGACGUCAACAAGCCCGGAUGCGAGGUGAACGAUCUCAAGGGCGGCGUUGCCGGUGGCUCCAUCUUGCGUGGCGUCUUGAAAGUAGGACAAGAGAUCGAAGUUCGUCCGGGUCUCGUGAGCAAAGAUGCUGAAGGCAAAUUGACGUGCAACCCGAUUUUCAGUAAAAUUGUCUCCCUUUAUGCGGAACACAACGAGUUGCAGUUCGCAGUGCCUGGCGGACUCAUCGGCGUCGGAACAAAGAUUGAACCGACACUUUGUCGUGCCGAUCGCUUGGUUGGCCAAGUAUUGGGAGCCGUUGGCGCUCUGCCCGACAUCUUCAUUGAGCUCGAAGUCUCGUAUUACCUGUUGAAACGUCUGCUGGGCGUUCGCAUGGAGGGCGACAAAAAAGCCGCCAAGGUCCAAAAACUGUCGAAAAACGAAAUUUUGCUCGUCAACAUCGGAUCAUUGAGUACCGGAGGACGCGUCGUUGCCACGAAAGCUGAUUUGGCGAAAAUUGCAUUGACGAAUCCCGUUUGCACGGAAAACGGCGAGAAAAUUGCCUUGUCGCGUCGUGUCGAGAAGCAUUGGCGUCUAAUUGGAUGGGGACAAAUUCGCGGUGGCACAACUAUCGAUCCGACAAAACAAUGAAGAUGA